UACGCUGUAACUGCAGAUGCUGUGCGAUACUCAUGGUCUCCUGUGCCGUCGGGCAGACUUGAACGUCAAGUGCGGCAAACAAGCCCAAAAUAUCCGAGGAUAUCGACAACUUGGGGCGCAUGAAAGCAGGAAUUCGGCUACUUGGGCAACAAACUAAUCAACAAGGAUGAGACCCGAGGGUAUCCUUAGCGUAACCUGGAGUCCACGCGCACACUGUUCACCAGAAGAAGUAUACGACUUGCGUGUCGUCCGAUUCCAACACAAAUCUCGUAUCUCGCUUCAACCAACCAUGAAAUUCGUGAGACUCAAUCAAGUCACCAAGAGGUACCUGACGCCAGCAAGGUUAGUAAAUGCUCACUCUCCAUCAGCGUCGACAUUACUCGCGAACGGCGACUCGCUGCUACUUCGUAUCAUCGUACGAUUCGAAGCCCAGCCUACUCAUUUCAGACCUGCUUACAGUGAAUAGCGUCCUCAAGUAGACAGUCAGC